CUUCCCCCUCUUGUUGUUAGCAUGGCGUGUUGUUAGCUAUGGUUGUUAGGCAGGUUGUCAGGGGCAGCGCUACUGCCCAGUGAGCUAACAGGAGAUUAAGGGACUUUAGAUAAUGAUGACACAUUCAUUCAUAAAAGGAACGGACCGGUGCCGUACCCGUUUCUCCCCCCGGGCCUGGUUUGUUUCUGUGGGUAAAAGCAGGAUCCACAGCGUCGGUGUUUAUCGAAACAGUCGGAGGUGUGUGGUGGGGUUGGACCCGUAAGCUAGCUAGCUUUGUUAGCGUUAUCGCAGCUAGGCGUAAAGGGACGUGACCCAGUAAAUAGACACCCCCAGGUUUCCAUUGUGAUUUAUUAGCAAUCGUUUGAAAAUGCAAGAGAUUGAAGAAGAUAUGUUGGAAGAGGAGGAGGAGGAGGAGGAGGAGGGGGAGUCCGACGGCAGCGAGAAUCCAUCAUUGCUCCCCUUCAAACCCCCCUCACGCGCCACUCGACUGCACAUCGAGAGAAGCAGUGUCUGCUCUCGGGCUUAUUUCGUCGUGGUCAUGGUCUUCUUCCAUGUGUACAUCCUGAAUGUCAUCGCCCUGCUGCUCUACGUGCACUACAACAACGGCCCCGGGGAUCUCGUGAGCGGCGCCGGGACCCCCUCGGCAUCAGUAGGCGGGGGUGGCAGCUCCCUGCCCCAUCCUGCCCCGGCUCCCACAGAGCUGCAUGUGCAGGACCACAGUCAAAGUUUCAGUCUGCCUCGCAUCGAGGGAAUACGGGUUGGACAUGUUCAGCAGGUAUCCCUUGUCCCACACAGUUCGCAUGAGAUGAGGACACUGAGCUUAAAACCUCUGUUAUUUGAGAUCCCUGGCUUCCUGUCAGAGGAGGAAUGCCGUGUGGUGGUGCAACUGGCUCAGCUCAAGGGUCUGAUGGAGAGCCAGACACCGUCACCAGGCCAGGGACAAGAGGAGUCCAACCAGCCACUACUUUCUAUCAGCACAGAGGAGGUCUUCAGUCUGUUGGACCUAAACCAGGACAGGCUGCUGCAGAAGCAGGAGAUUGUGAGUCACUCACGUUCUCGAGAUGGAACAUGGUUGAGCCCAGACAACCUACGACAGAUACUCACUGGCCUGGAAGCUCGUCCAGCAGGGUUGCUGACAUUGGAGGACUUUAGGCGUGUUUAUGAUAUGUCACAACGUCCAGGACAACAGCAAAAUGGAAAGCUCCGGAGUCAGUUCAAACAGAGAAACAAACAUACGUGGCUUUAUCAAGGUCUGGGAUCCCACCAUGUGCUGCAAACACUCAGGAACAGAUUAAUCAGUCUGACACGUCUACCCCCUGCGCUGGUUGAACUGACUGAGCCACUGCAGGUGAUUCGCUAUGAGCACGGAGACUUCAGUAAUGCCCACCAUGACAGCAGCCGUUCUCAUUCAGACACAACAUGUGCACACACGCGACUGGCAGGAAACACAUCUGCCCUCACAGAGGUCUCCUGCAGGUAUCUUACUGUGUCGUUCUACCUCAGCUCUUUAGAGGAAGGUGGUGAGACCUCCUUUCCCGUGGCAGACAAUCGUACCUAUGACGAACAGGCACUGGGCCAGGAUGGAGUUGAUUUGACAGACACCCAGGAGACAUGUGGCAGAGGGAACCUGAGAAUAAAACCAACUGCUGGGACAGCGCUCCUCUGGUACAACCAUCUCUCUGAUGGGAGAGGUUGGAUGGGCGACUUAGAUGAGUAUUCUCUGCACGGCGACUGCCCGGUCAGGCGUGGGGUGAAGUGGGUGGCCAACAGCUGGGUAAAUGUGGACCCAGAUCAUCAGAUGCAGGUCCGCUACCAGAGACUAGUUGCUCAGAGGCACACAGCUAAGUCGACCCGGGAGGAGCAUUACCAACCUCUCUCACACAGUGACCUCCACCAGGAUCUAUAGCCGGCCCUUUUUAAUUAUAACACAAUGCAACGCAUCAUCAAAACUGAGUCAUUGUUGCAUCUAUGAAGCUGGUGAGUCCUGACGACCUUUCUACAACAUCAGAGGAAGUUGUAGUUGAAAUGGAAAUUGCACAACAUAACAUCCUGGACAUUUUCUUUAAAUCUGUCUUUAAUUUUGAUACAGAUUUAUGUCUGUCAGAUGCAAUGGUUUCCUCGCAUUUUAUUUAUAAUACAUUACUAGAAGAUAUACAUGAGUAUGAAUGCUAUUCUCUAUUUAAUUGAGCCUUAAAUAUAAUAUCACUCCCUCAAUUUAGUAUAACAGAUAUCUGUGGUUACGGAUUGGAGAGUUGGAAAAGAUGCAAUCAGUCAUUAUGUAAAAGAUGAACCUUCUUACCUGCCUUCCAUUUUAUUUUUACGAGGCAUCUGACCCCGUUGCAAGUCAGCAUUAUUUAUUGUUAUAGAGUUAUAAGCUGUUGUCACAAGCCAUAUCAGUAUAGUCAUCGAUGAAUGUUUUCCUUAGGGAUAUUAUUUGUGAGAUUAUGUUUGAUUGUUCUGUUCUUGGGCUUUUUAUCAUGAAUUGUUAUUUAAUGACUUUGCCACAUCAAGUGCAAAUGCAGGACUGUUCCAAACUGGACAGACAGAUCAGUUGUCACACUAGCUGUCGGAGGCCAGUCCUUCAGGUAUAAUUCAAACUAAGGUCUUUAAUAUUUAAACUCUUGUGGUUCUUAUCCUCACAACUCAAACAAACUUGUGUUUAUUUAUAUUUAUUAUUUAAUUUUAAGUAUUUAUUUGAGUGUUAUUUAUUACCACCUCUUGUUGAUUUUUAAUUAAAGGGAGGAAUAUUUAUUACAGUUUGAUGUUGCACUGAGUUUGUCACUGUAUUUGUUCUAUGUUAUGAAAUAUAUAAAGCAGUGUUUUAAUAGCG